CGGGAAGUCAACACCAUCACGCUGUCAUCGCGUUGCGGGUGGAGUCCGAGUCAAGAGGGUCCAAACUCAACUGCGCAUCCCGAAUCCGCCAUCACACAGAUCCAGGUCGUAGCCGGUAUCAAGCUGGCUUCACUAGAAGAUCAUCCGAAGCUCAGACAGAUACAUACACAAUUGAGCAAGCGCGACACCACAUCGAGCUAGCGACGGAAUGUCAAGCACGGCAAACAGCUCCACUCGGGGCGCUGACAAGUCGCCUUCAAAGCCCGUGGCAAAGUCAAGGCAAAGCCUGGCGCCUCCCGGAGCUCGACGUAGUGUGGCUCCAAGAAGCAGCGCAGCUCCGACCAAACCGUCUUCGGCUGCGCCAGCUGCGGCUGCAAGGACGGCUCGACCAGCAGCAGGAAAUCGGAUUGCAAAUGUAGCCUCCACCUCUGUCGAUGCUUCCAGCGGCCAGUACGACAGCCCAGGCAUAGACGCUCGAUUUGCCGAUCGUCUGGCGGAGCUCAGCGUGGGUGAUGAUAGCGCUCUCAUGGAGUUCGGAGGUGAAACAGACUCUUCGCCUCUCGUCUCCUUGUCAAGUCGGAGCGGAGCGGCUGGACCACGCGCUUCGUUUGGCAAAAGAGGACCUAGACCUUCAUGGGGUCCAAAGGCUUUCUCGAACAAAGAUGCGGCGUUUGCUCCCGCGCCUGUACAUCCCAAGCCGAGUAUGCGAUUUUUGGAGGGAAUAGGCGCAGACUCGUCUGCUGCAGAGGAGAGCCAAGUAGGAGGAAGCAAAGCACCCAUCUCUGGAACGUCUGGACGAGCGCGGGCUAGACAGUCUCUCUUUCAAAAAUCCUCCCUCUUCUCUUCGGAUGGUGUGGCUACAUCGACAAGUGAGGCAGCAGCAGCAGCAGCAGCAGCAGCAGAUGCAGACGAGUCCUUCGACUUUCAAGGAACGCAAGCCGAGCUUGGUCUGGGCCAGGGUGACCAUGGUCGUGGCGAGGGACGCGCGAGCGGGCAGGCCAAAUUCACACCUCGUGCGACCACCGCGUCGGGCUUGCCAGCGAACGACGAACCAACUCAACCUGGCAAGGCCGAGACACAGGAACAGCGACGAGCUCAACUGGACGAGUUGAGGCGGAUGAACGAAGUGUUUGAAGGGUACGAGAACAUGCUUCGUGGGACGACGGAUCAAGUCGACGACUUUUCACAACGCAUCGCGGAGACCGAUGCUCUUUUGGAUAUGUACAUUGAUCUGCUCAGACAAGCUGACCGCACACAGCGCCUCUUGUUGGAUGGCGACUGGAAAGGUGCGACGGAAGUGAGUGGUUUAUACGCAGACCAAGACUCGGCAUAUGCCUCGCUUGUCGGCAGGUCACGCGCUGACACCCUAGCCGCCGCGUCGUGACAGGAUGCGGCAGCCCACGCGCUGUCCCUCGAACUCGCUGAACGAGAGACGGCUCGACUUCGAGCGGCUGCAGAGGCUGAAGCAGCAGCGCGAUCAGCAGCUGUCGAGAGAGCGCAAGCCGAGGCCAGAGCAAGGAAUGUUCCUGCUGGUACCGGGACUGGACGAGGAGGCGCUGCAGG